GACCUGUCCAUGACUUUUACUAAAAAUAUCUGUGACAAAAACUCAUCCUUAAUUAUGGAUGUUCCUUUGUAAUUUGAAGUUUUGCUCUUCCAGUGCUGUGAGGUCCAGUUAGUGAGAUAAAUGUAUCAUGAAUUGAUAAUGUAGAAUAACUUCUCUCUAAAAAUGUUAUCUUUUAUUCAUAGUAUUAGGUGUUCACCACUGCCUAACAUCACUUAGUUCUCUCACAAUAAUGGUGACGAUCAGGCACUCCAAGUUCAUGGGGGGAGAGUAGUGGAGGGGUUGGUCAGCCUUCACCUUAUAACAUCUUAUAGAUAACUGAAAUGUUUUAUGUGGUUAGGACUUUUUUACUGUGUUAAGUUAUAAUGACUAACACCAAUAUGAUCCUAGUGCUCUGUGAAUAGUUAGACUCUGUUGACCUUCAAGGCAGGCUGCAAGAUCUUUUUACCCAGGCUUUUGUGAUGGGAGGAAUACAAUAAGGGUUGGUAUUUAAGGGUUUUUGGUUAUUUGCUCAUGUCUGGAUAAGCUGCUUUGUAUUCAAUGUUAUUGUAUCUUUAAAGUUAUACCUAAGGCAGCAAGAGGCUAAAUCUAACUAAAUUAAAUAGCUAAUAUUGCUAGCCCGAUGAGGCAUUCACAGGUGAAUAAAGGCCCCGAUUUAUUAAAUUACAGCUAUUUCUUGUGACAGUGUAGAGAUUAGGAAAAGCAUUUUUAAAAAGCUUCAUUCUGUUAAUAUUUUCAUAUACGUAUCUUUUAAUGUUCAAUUUUCAUAAUGAAAGAAUCCUGUAGGUAUGGCUUACGUACCAACAGAGGAUGAAAGAAGAAUUUUCAGGGAAUGCAACGAAGAGAGCUUCUGGUAUAGAUUCUCUUGAUUAGAAUCAGGAUCAAUAAUGCAAAUAGGUCUCCAUUGUGGUGCAUACAAUGAACGAUACAUAAGUGACCAGACAUAGAGAAAUAAGCAUCUGCUGUCCUUUCCCUGAAGAGAACCUCUCCAUGGCACAUCACAUCCUUGUGACCUGACUUUAACUUCAAGAGCAUAAUUAUAAGAGCAUAAUUUUUGCUGUUCCUAUUUCUGCGGUAAGCAUGAUUGUCACUCAGGGCUUAAUUAAGAAAGGAAUUCUCACCACUCAUUCAAGGUUUGGCUCUCUUCCCAAAGUUGCAUUUGCCGGUAUAUGUGGAUAUAUUGCUGGAAAGAUUUCUUACAUGUCAGCGUGCCAGGAGAAAUUUAAGAGACUGGAGAAUUCCCCGAUAGGAGAAAGUAUACGACAAGGGCGCAGACCUCUUCCACAUGAAUAUGCUGCUCAAAAAUCAGAGUUUGCAAAUUUGCCUUCUCAGUCACCUUUUGGAUCUUCUCCAGCAGCUGAAGCCCCACUUUCUUCCAGCUAUUCACAUGAAUAUAGUUCAACAAAUCAGUCCGGCUCUAAUUAUGAACCAAUUCCAUUCAGUUCUUCUCUGAAUGAAUCCUCUCCUACUGGAGUUACUGAACAUAAUGCCCCAGAACCUGUUCCAUUCCUAGAAGAAAGUCCUAAAAGAAAAAGUGUCUCAUAUGAGGAGUUAAGGAAUAGAAACAGAGAGACAUAUGAAGUAACGGUAACACAAAAGGCAGAGACUCCAGUCAAGUCUUCACAGGAGAGACCAUUUGAAAAAGAAGUUAAAGUAAACAAGUAUGGAGAUGCUUGGGAAGAGUGAGAACUGAAUCUUUGCAUGUACUGAAGGAAGUUAUCUUCAAUCAGCUAACUUCAGCUCCAUCUGUGUUGGUCAUGAAUAUCUGCACACUUCGGUGUAUUCUGCCAAACUGAAAUAUGUUAUAAUAAAGACGACUAGAUUUUA